AUGGCGCGGCCCCUCUCGCCCUGCUCCGGGUGGGGCGUCGGCCAGCAGGCCGCCGACGGUGGCGUUGGGGGCCGAGGCCACAAAGCCCGUCAGGAAGCGAAAGGCCAGCAGCAGGGCGAAGCGGUCGCUCAGGGCGCACGCCAUGGUGCAGAGCAUGUAGCCGGCGUAGGCGUACAGGAUGACGGGCCGCCGGCCAAUGUGCUCGCUCAGGGGCCCGAAGAGGAGGGGCCCGAUGGCGUAGCCGAGCAUGUAGAGCGAGUUGAGCCAGACGAGCGGCCCGCGGGCGAUGGCGAGGUCGACCUGGAUGGCGGUUGCGGCGUUGGACGGGAGCGAGGAGCCGAGAUUGCUGUUCCACGUCACCCACAUUGCUGUUGUUGUGAUGAAGAGCUUCUUGCGCUGGAGACGGUCAGCUGUACUGACUUUCGUCCCGGGAGUGUCGUGCUGACCUUGGAGAACGGUAUCCCGCUUGGCGGCACAUUGGAUGCCUGGCUCUGCGCCAUCGUCAGGCGUGUAAUGUGA